UGAAAAUAUUUGGGUAUAAAAGGGAAAAAAAUCUGAAUCAAGGCACUUGUGUUUUCAAAACUAAGAAGAUGAAGCUUAACUUGAUUGUCAUUGCAUUUGCGAUCUGCAUUUAUGGUGUUCAAUCACACGCUGUACCAGGGUCUUCAGAAAUUUCUCCAGAAAGUGCUCAGGCUCUUUUGAAUAUCGUAAAAAAGCUGCUCGAAGAAUCUAAAAACCCAGUACACGUACAAAAAAAGGUUAUUGAAAAAACUCAAACUAUAAAAGAUGUACUUAGUGUACAAACUUCACAACGUAGCCUGAUCACAGAUUUGAAGCACUUGGUGGCACUCUUCGUUGAUGGAUUGGGAUCUGUGAUUAACCUUUUAUUGCCUCCUGGUCAGGAUAUCUUCGAUGUUAUCGCUGAGGCUUUGAAGAAAGUUGUAAGGUGGUUUGUUCAUGACAACGAACCAUUGCUAGGGCUCUUGGACAAACUCAUCCUUGCUGGAGAGAAUAUAGCGAGAGUAGCAAUUGAAAGUGCGUUAGACGUCCUUUUAGGAGAACCUGUAGAACUUGCGAAAUAAACUAGUGCGUUAGACAUCCUUAUAGGACCUCUGCAUCAUAACCGAUGAUAAUCUGAAUCUUGGUUAAUUUUAUUGUAUUCACCAUAUAUUAUUUUCUUGCUAUCUUAAAAUUGUAUGAACUUAAUAAAUCUUUUUAAGCCUAAUAACUAAAA